AUUAACAAUCAUCAGUGCCUCUACGAGAACAAGCCCAUCGGACUUGUCUCGUUUUUUCUCUCUGAUCAUAGAUCAUCGAUCGGAGCAACCCAGAGGUACUGCUGUCAGUACUUUGCUUUUCAUCACAAUGGCUUUCAUGGGUCACAAUACUCUCGCUUUUGUCUUUGGCAUUCUCGGGAACAUCGUUUCGUUCAUGGUGUUCUUGGCUCCUCUGCCGACAUUUUACACGAUAUAUAAGAAGAAAUCGACGGAGGGAUUCCAGUCACUACCGUACCUGGUGGCACUGUUCAGCUCGAUGCUGUGGCUGUACUAUGCCUUCAUCAAGACCGGUGAGAUGCUGCUCAUUACCAUCAACUCAUUCGGAUGCGUCAUGGAGAUCAUAUACAUCACCAUGUACCUCAUUUAUGCCCCAAGAAAUGCCAGGAACUUAACCAUCAAACUAUUCGGAGCCAUGAACGUGGGGGCGUUCGGGUUGAUCGCAGUGGUGACUCACUUUGCGGUGCAUGAUGAUUCCCUUCGCGUUCAGGUGUUGGGUUGGAUUUGUGUUUCCAUCGCAGUCAGCGUUUUUGCAAGCCCUCUGAGCAUCAUGGCACAGGUGAUCAGAACAAAGAGCGUGGAAUAUAUGCCAUUCAAUCUGUCUUUUUUUCUCACUUUGAGCGCCGUUCUGUGGUUCGCUUACGGUCUCUUCCUCAAGGACAUAUGCAUUGCUCUGCCAAAUGUGUUGGGAUUCGGACUAGGGGUGAUUCAGAUGGUGCUGUACGCAAUGUACAGGAACGGAGGGAAGAACAAGGCCGGGCUGGCAGAUGAGAAGGAGGAGAAGAAGGCGGUGGAGGUGACGGCGAUGAAGAGCGUCAUGGUGGCGGUGGGGGGUAAUGAUCAGGUGUUCCCACACCCACAGGAAGUGAGUGAGAAGAUUAAUGGAGGAGCAGAGCAGAAUAAGAAGAAGAGUGGUGAUCAGGAGGAAGAAGACGACUGCCCAGUGUGAGGCUGAUGAGCUACAUUCAUGGGUAUCAUCAUCAUCAACCUUCAACACGAAGAAGAAGAAGAACACUAGCUAACUAGCUCCUUUAAUUUAAACUUAAAUUAUUGUCCUUUUUUUCCCCUCUCAAUUUCUUUCUUCUCGUGCCAACUACUACUACUACGCGCCUAAUGUGCCUUUGUGACUGUGUACCUCGCCUGUCAUUAGGAUGUGCCUUUUUCAUUAUUCAUUUGUAGCCAUUCUCGUCCCAAUAAUAAAUCUAGUUAUUAGUCUUGA